CACACUUCCCUCCCUCUGGGCUCCAGGCCCUCUCUCUCUCCCACCUCGCUCGCUUUUUCCCAUGUGCCGAGGAGGGAGCGGGGAUCGCUCUGGGAUUUCAGCACAGGCCCGGGGUUAGCCGUGACCCCCCCCCCGCCCCAGCUCUGCCCCCCUCUCUCCCAGGGGUGGGGGGGAGGGCGCGCUGCCGAGAAUGUACCACAGAGAUCUGCUACACUGCGGGCGUCACGACAGGAUGCGGGAAAUCUCUCUCAAGACGAAAGAGAAGGUGAAGGAGAGAGAGAAGGAGACCAGGGAGCGAGAGACGAGGAUCACCAAUGGGCACCUCUUCAACACCAUCACUGUGUCGGGGAACACAUUGUGCUACGUCUGUAACAAGAGCAUCAUCAGCAAGGAAGCCUUCGCCUGUCCGAAUUGCAAUGUGACUAUCCACAAGAGCUGUAAAGACGGUCUCUCCUCCUGCACCAAAGUCAAACAGAAGCAGCUGAAGGCAGCCCAAGCGAAGAAUAAUUCAGCUCUGCACAGCGUCUCGAUGAGGAAUAAAGCCCCUCUGGGUCGUGAGCGGCCGAGCUCCGCCAUCUAUCCAUCGGACAGCCUGCGCCAGUCUCCUCUCUUCUCCCAGCUCAGCUCGCGCCGUGGACGGACUCCAUUCCAGUCUCUCUCCAAAAGCGUCUCGACGAACAACAUCGGGAAUCUCAAUGAUGACACACCACUCGGAAUUCGGAGAAUCCUAUCCCAAUCCACGGAUUCUCUGAACAUGAAAAACCGGACUCUCUCCAUCGAGUCUCUCAUCGAUGAAGGGGCAGAGGGGGUCUUCCAGCAGCUGAUGGGUGACCUGGAAGCGGAUGAGAAAUGCUUCGAGGCUGAUUCCUGGAGCCUUGCUGUUGAGACUGGCUUCUUACAGCAACACAAGAAAGAUGUGAUGAAGAGACAGGACGUCAUCUACGAGUUGAUCCAGACGGAGGUACACCACAUGAAGACGUUGAAGAUCAUGUCGGAGAUCUUCCGGAAGGGGAUGUUGGAGGAGUUACAGAUGGACCACUGUACGGUGGACGCCAUGUUCCCGGCGCUGGAUGACCUGAUCGAGUUCCAUGUCCAGCUCCUCUCCCGGUUGCUGGAACGUCGGCGGGAAUCGCUGCUGUCCGGGAGCAACAAAAACUUCGUCAUCAACAAACUCGGGGACAUCCUCGUCAACCAGUUUUCGGGACAGGGUGCUGAUUUGAUGAGACGGGCCUACGCCGAGUUCUGUAGCCGUCACACGAAGGCUGUUAAACUCUACAAGGAGCUGUUCACCCGGGAGAAGCGGUUCCAGCAGUUUGUGAGGCGAAUGAUGAGGAACUCCGUGCUGAGGAGGUACGGGAUCCAGGAAUGUAUCUUGCUGGUCACACAGAGAAUCACAAAGUACCCCGUGCUCCUCGAUCGGAUUCUGCAAAACACCAAAGGCAAUGAAGAGGACCGCAAGGACCUGACCAACUCCCUGGCCUUGCUGAAGGACCUGAUCUCAGCUGUGGACCAGGACGUUCACGACUGUGAGAAGAGAUACAGGCUGCAGGACGUUUAUAACCGCAUGGACCCCAAGGCAGUCGCUCCCAUGCACAGCGGCAGAACCUUCCGGAGAGAGGACAUGAUCCGAAGGAAACUGGUACACGACGGCUUCCUCCUGUGGAAGACCGCGACGGGAAGGUUCAAAGACAUCCAGGUCCUGUUGCUGACCGAUGUCCUAGUUCUGCUGCAGGAGAAGGACCAGCGAUACAGCUUCCCCGCCCUGGAUAACAAGUCGUCGGUGAUCCCGCUGCAUAAGCUGAUAGUCCGGGAUAUCGCUAACCAGGAGAAGGGACUGUUCCUGAUCAGCGCAGCCUCCCAGAGCCCCGAGAUGUAUGAGUUACACACCUCCUCCAGGGAUGAACGCAAUGUCUGGAUGAAGGUCAUCCAACAGACCGUCAACGUGUGCCCGGAAGUGGAUGAUUUCUCGAUGGAGAUUGAGACAAAGGAGAUGCUCCGCGGUUUAGCAGAUGAGAUCCAGCACAGGGAUCGAGGGAUCACUGAGCUGUUGGAGGAGAGGGCCGGCCUGUUCCAGCAGAUCCUGCAGCUACAGUCCGGAGCAGACCUGGGUCCUGAGCUCAGCCUCCGGAAACUCUUCCGCUCGGAGUCCAUCGAGUGUCCGAAGGGGGAGAAACUCAUCAACAACGCCAUCAAGGAAGUUCAGAGCCUGACGGAGCUGAUGAUGGAAGUGAGUGGGGUCUCAGCGUCUGUCGCCAUCACGGACACCUCCCAGGGGAACCAGGGGCCAGGAGGGACCGAGACUCCCAGUGCAUCAACCACCAGCAACUCGAAUGAGGAGUUACCCAGUAUCAAUGGGAGCCCUGAUGUCUGCCGGACAGAGCCUUACACAGACACCAGCCAGGAUCGAAACGGGAACCAGAUUUUGGUGAAGUCCCACAAUGAGGAGAUCAUAUUUGGACUCUGCCGACUCUCAUCCAUGCUGCAUGGUCUACAGGCCAUCGUGGUCAAGCAGGACUCGGUGCUGGAGUCCCAGCGGCAGCAGCUGGGAGAGCAGAGGGAGCGACUGUGUCGCCAGAGCUCCCGGGGCGAGGGCCCGCUGGGCGACCAGGAGAGGCUGCGCAGCGCGGAGCAGCAGCGGGAGGAGCUGGUGGGCCUGAGGAGGCAGCACGGCCUUCUGCAGGAGGAGUUCCAGCGGUGCCGCCGAAGCUGCGAGGAGAAAACCCAGGAGCUGCGGGCCCUGGAGGCCAGGCUGCACGAGGCCCACAGGAGCCAGGCCCAGCUGCGGGGCCAGCUGGAAGAGCUCAGCCGCCAGGCCCCGGCUCCAGCCCAGGCCCAGGACCAGGCCCAGGCCCAGGACCAGGCCCAGGCCCAGGCCCAGGCCCAGCUGCGCAGGGGGCGGCGCAAGGCCCACACGCGGCAGCUCAGCCUGCCCUCGGCCCAGUUCACCGGACUGAGCCCGACACAGAGUUCCGAGCAGCGUCGCAGAAGCAUGGAUGCGAGUUGCCUCCAGGUUAGCCCGGACUUCGUUGGUGAGCCCAGAGAGGGGCUGAAUGGCCAGGAAAGGCCAGAGCUCGAGCUCUCCCGGUGUGAAGGGGCAGAGAGUGGGACCGUGCGGGAGGGUACCCUCACCCCGCACCAGGAAUACCGGGUCGAGGAGGAGGACGAGGAGGAGGCCGGGUCCCAGUCGGAGGGUGAGGAAACCUCAGGACCCGAGGAGACACAGAACAUUCCGGAAGGCGAUGGGCCGUCCGGAACGGGCGUGGCCUCCAACGAUGAGGAACUGGCCGAGGAAGACGAGGAGGAUGACGAUGACCUGUACUAUUGAACUCUGAAAUGCGGCCCCCCCCCCCACCCUCAACCCGACACCCCUUUACCUCCCUGCGCCACCCACCCCCUUGGCUGAGGUGGGGGGGAGGGGCAUAUUUAAAGUGACCUCCCCCCAUCUUCAGGAGGGGACUUGUGUGAGGGAGAGAGAGAGUGUGUGGGUUGGGUUGGGGGUCGAGGUGGGUGGGAGGGGAGCCUUGAAACAGUCCCCUCACUGGAUUAUCAUUUGGAAAACCGCCCGUUUCUCUUGUUUCCCACCCUCCCCACACGUUAUUUUAAACCUUGACCCAAUUAUUUAGAGUUGGUGGUCUAUUAAACAAGGUGUCCUGCAGUGCAGGAAUUUUAAGGUCUGAUCACUGUUAAAAGUCCGUGUCUGACUCAGGACCAAGUUUGUCUGGGGUGGGGGUGGGCAGCAGUUGAGGGGGGAGGGGGAGGGUGGUUUCGGAGGGGGAACGCCCCGCGUUCAUCACGCACACCCUCACCCCCUCCUCACAAACCAUUUUGUUUUAUUUAUUAAUCCAAUCGUUCGAGUCAGGCAGGACUCAAACCGGGGGUCUCUCCCCACCCCCACCCCACACCGAGGGACGUUAUCUGGGUCCCACUACGGCCGUCUCCGUCCCCCUCCCCAAAAACCCCGCCAACCCAUUUACAAUGGGGCUUUCCUAUGUCAACAGUCACGUCUCACACACACACAUCUGCUCCAUAUCCACUGCCAGCGCCACCAGUGGCUGGAGGCCGGGACUGCAGCGCCUCCAGGAGUGGGGGAUGGGGGUGGGGGAGGCUUUUUUGGAUUCGUUCCAAUGUUUCCCGGCAAGAAAAGGAUUUUCAGUUCACAAAUGCCAAAGAUUUUGGA